AUGCACCGCCCCCGAGGAAGCGCGCAAGCAGCCCCGGCCGGGCCCGGACCGCGGGUGCACCGACUACACCUUCCCGGGAUGGGUAUGCCCCGAAAGCCCCGAGCCCCUAGCUUGGACUCGUUGAAGCCCGGGGCCUCCCGCCGUCCGGCCUCGAUGGCCGCGCUUGGCCAGAUCCCUAGGUCUGUCGGACCGACUUCUCCCGCCCAUCUCCCGUCUCCGGGUCUUUGCCCCGCGGUCCGCCCGCCAGGAGCGCCCUCCGCCUCGGCUCCCCCUCGGCUACCCCGGCAGGACGCCCUCCUGCCGGCUCCCAAGGGGGCGAGGGUCUCCCCGCCGGGACCAAGGCUGCCCCCCACCCCGGCGCACACAGCCCGCUCCGGAGGAGCGCUCGCGGCCGCCAGGCCCCGCAGCCCCCAGCCCGCGCCGCUCCCCGGGAGCUCACCUCGCAGCCGCAGGGGCCCCGCCCCGGGCACUGCCAGCAACCUCAGCCGACGCGGCCCGGGCAUGCGCGCCUCCGCCGCCGGCUCCUCCCUGGGCUCGAGGCAGCGCCGACUGGGCGCUCGGACACCUGCGCGGCCCAGACCCCGCGUGCAGGGCCCCGCCCCCAGCGCCGCCGAGCCCCGCCCCCGCCGGGCCCCGUCCCCAGCUGACGGGCGCCUGGCCGCGGCUGCGCAAGCCGCUCAGAAGACCUCGCGAUAUCGCGGGAUUACCGCCUCACUCGGCCCGUCCCCGUCGGAGUCUGGGGCGGCCCUGGGAGGGAGGUGGUGGUGGGGAUGGGAAGGGUGCGCCGUGGCGUGGUGGGGGAGUGUCCUCCGCCUCGCCGCGUCCCAGCUCGCGCUCGGAGACUGA